AUGUCCCACCACCGCUCAGCCCCAAUCUGCCCCGGCGUCGCCUUCAUCACAGGCGGUGCCCGCGGUCUAGGUCUCGCAAUAGCCCAAUCCUUCGCCAAAGAGGGUGCUCGUGGCAUCGUGCUCUUCGACAUCCAGCCCGACGAUAUCAUGAACGCAGCAAAAGCCACCAUUGAGCAAUACAUGGUCGAGGGUGGGAAGUGCCUCACUUUUCGAGGAGACGUGACUGUAGAAGAAGACCUCGAAGCAGCCGUGGCACAGACUGUCGACGAAUUCGGACGCCUGGACUAUGCGGCGAACUUUGCUGGUGUGGUUGGACCACUAGCAGCGACGUGGGACGUUAAUACCAAGGAGUUUAAGAAGGUCAUUGACAUCAACUGUACUGAAGUGUGGUUGAGCAUGAAGGUGCAGCUGAAGCAUAUGCUUAAGCAGGACAGUAUAGACGGGAUUGAGCAGGGUAGAGUCGAGCAACGAGGAGCGAUCGUGAAUUGUGCAAGUGUGAAUAGCAUUCAAGGUGGUGCAGGGACGACGGGAUACACGGCGGCCAAGCACGCUGUCUUGGGAAUGACCAAGUCGGCUGCUCUGGAAGCGAGAGGUCAGGGCGUGCGCGUCAAUUGUGUUAGUCCUGGGUUUCUCCUGACGAAGUUGUUGGAACCUGCCUUCGUGCCAGCUGAAGGUCAGACAACGGCGCUGUUAACGGGAGACGCGUGGAAGCAGUAUGAGGAUCGGCAAGGACGGAAAGCGAGCUUUGAGGAAGUUGGAGAUGUGGUUGCAUUAUUGUGCAAUCCAAGAAUGAGUUUGGUGGUUGGCCAUAACCUUGUCAUUGACGGUGGAUUCACGAUAAAUGAGAAUCCUGCCUGA